CUUCCCUUCCUGGCCAUUCCCUCACUUUACUGUGCACUACGAUUGUUCUGGCCGCCAUUCGAUCCUCGUUCCUUGUCAUGACACGACGCUAGCUGCCCUGCUCCCCUCUCUUCGCCAUGCCUCUUGCGGCUCCUGUGCUCUCUCAUGGCGCACAAGACCUCCCGCAAGUCCAAGCAGACGAGAUCGAAGCCCUGCAGUCCAUCUUGGGGCCCGACUUUGCCCCCGGCCAACCAGAUGGUCAAGCUGCGGCUGCAUGGGGAAAUGCGUCCAUCAACCAGCCCCUCUUCACCCUCACCAUCCGACCGGACGAGGACAGGUAUAAGGACCAGGUCUUUGUCAAGGUCGAGAUCAGGCUGCCCAAGCGAUAUCCCAAUAUACCUCUGAUCUGUACUGUGCCCACUGCCCCAAGAGAUGGCGUCAUGGCCAACGUGUCUAGCCAGCAGCUCAGCCAAUUGGCUUCUGUCCUUAAGCAAAGGGCCACUGAGCUCGCCGCCAAAGGGGAGGAGGCAAUCUGGGAGGUGUACUCGUGCGGCGCAGAGCUCCUUUCCAAUGCGAAUCUCAUCAAAGCGCAGGAGCAGGAAGCGGAAAGAAGGACGGAAGCUAGAAGGAAGUCAGAGAUGAUACCCAGUCUGGAAGAGGAGAAGCAAAGACGAGAAGGGGAGGGGCAAAAGCUCAAAGCACAAGAACUCGAUCGGAAACUUGAGGCAGACCGAAAGACGUCCGACGCGAAGGCGUCGUCUCUGGCCAAAGUCAUGGCUGAGAAGGAGGAGGCGAUCAGAGCCGAAAAGGAACGACGCAGAGUCGGGUUUGAGAGCGAUGUGACCCCAGGCAGGGCCGCUAAAACUCAGAGGUCUGGUCCACUCGACUCCAAAGACGACUCGAGCCUCUUCUUUACUCCUCCGGGCAACUCGUUGCAAGAUGCUCCUGUGUCCGAUAUGACUGUCACGGGCCCUGCUUUCCUCGACUUCGAUCCACCGCUGUCCCUCACAGAAGCCGUCACAAUAGCUCGCUUUCAGGUCUCGCCUAUCGUACGGGACGACCUCGAUAACCUCUGUGCUCACCAUUACGCUAUACCUAUCUCAAGUUCCCAAAUGCCACCCCAGUCGCUCGAUACCAUCAACAUCACAUCGUCGUACUUCUCAACAUCUCGAGGGCGCCGGAAGCUUGCUGGCUUAGAGCGGGAGCUCGAGGCUCUAUCGAAGAUAGAUCACCGGGGUCUCCGCCAGAUGCGAGGCUUCCAGCUGCGCAGGACAGAUGAUUCACGAGUAGCACCAGAAGCCCAUUCUGAGGGUCACUUCACCCUGUACAUUGUCUCAGCCCCGCCUUCUCGGCCUGAGGCACGCCUCGACACUCUCCUAUCAUUACAGCCUUUACCUGUCGGAAGGGUCUUCGAUUUGGCAGAAGGUCUCCUCACAGCAGCAGACGAGCUCCAUGUCCGAGGUCUUCUCCUCAAAGACGUGAGUCUGGAUCGGAUCUGUAUGUUAUCAGAUCAGAGCUUUCUCAUAGAUGCAGUCUGGAAGGGCAGCGUACUGGAGCUGGCCAGAGGCAAUCCGUUUCACGAGACGCUUGAGUCUACGAUCGAGAGGUGGAAGGGUGACUGGGUAGUACCAGAACUACAAAACGAAGUGCGCUUCUCGCGGAAAAGCGACACUUUCGCCAUCGGUCGGAUACUACUCCUCUCGCUGGUGGGCAUUGCGGCGCUCUCCUCAACCCCAGACCCGUGGGCAGUCCUGCGUAAUGCAGAGACCAGUGGGGCAAUAGAUGAAGUCUUUGCAAAGUUCCUCGGCAAACUCCUGGAUCGCUCUGCUCGGAAGCGACCCACGCCAGCGGAGGCUGUAAAGUACCUCCAUUCUAUCCUCUAUCUGCGUGCUGAAGACGGGAAAGUCUACCUUGCUCCCUCAAAUCCGGACUCGAUACGAUAUCCUGCCUCUUCGGACUUACAGCUCGAAGCUGCCGCCUCAGCCAAUCCACCCACACCCGCCCUGACUCGGUCUUCCUUUUUCUCCACUCGCCCAGCCAAUACGGCUGCUCAGGGAGGCCCGGGGUCUUCUCGAUUCCUGUCCGACUUCGUCACUCUGUCUAUACUCGGCAAGGGGGCCUUUGGCAUCGUCACCAAAGUGAGAAAUCGUCUCGAUGGCGGUGUUUAUGCCGUCAAGAAGAUCAAACUCGAUGGAGGCAUGGGGGAAGCUGGAGAUGGAGAAGAGAAGACAUUGAGAGAGAUUGGCGCACUUGCUCGCGUGAACCACCCACACGUUACUCGAUAUUAUGCUGCGUGGAUUGAAGAGGCUACCGCUCCGUCCUCCCAGCUCGAAGAGAACGUAUCUGAGACCACUGCGACCGAGUCGGGCGCUGCAACGACCUCCGUCUCAUCAAGUGCCGCCACCGAUACAGGUGCUGCAGCUCCUAUGAGUUUCUCCCUCUCCUUUGGUCCACCUAAAGAUGGAGACUUCGACGAUAUCGCUCGAGCCGAGGAGGAAGAUUUUUUGAGUCAUGUGGGAUUUGAGGAGGAGGACGCAAGCAGUGGUCAAAGCAGCGAGAGCGAUACCGACGAGGAGAGUGUCAGUGCAGAGGGACCAAGCCAUAGGGGGCGAGUGACUGGGCGUGUGGCCAACAGAAGUAAGAGCCGCAGUGCUCUCGAUGGCGUCAGGUCUCAGAAAGGGAAACAAGCUCCGCGAUGGCUGUACAUACAGAUGGAGCUCGUGGACGAUGUCACGCUGCGAGAGCUCAUCGAGAAGGGUCCAAUCGGCCUAGAGGACUGCUGGAGGCUGUUGCGCCAAAUCCUCAAUGCCCUGGUCCAUAUUCACAAUCUUGGCAUUGUCCAUCGCGAUCUAAAGCCAUCGAACAUUCUUAUGGCGGGCCAAGAUGUCAAGAUAGGAGACUUUGGAUUAGCUACAACUCUAGAGACGAUUCCUACAAGCGCAGAUGGGGUCACUAUGGCAUCCUCUGGCCUUCUGCCUCCCAUACGAUCAGAUCAGCACCAACAUCAGCUCGACUCAUCUGGCAGGUUCCUCCAUGAAGGAAGCGAUGACAUGACAGGUGAAGUCGGCACAGCACUGUACACUGCACCAGAAAUCGUGCGCAAACAAGGGGCAAGAUACGGUUACAAGGUCGAUAUGUAUUCGUUGGGCAUCAUACUCUUCGAGAUGUUUGCAUCUGGCCGGAUCUACUCCACAGGCAUGGAACGAGUACAGCGUCUCCGUGGUCUUCGCCAAUCAGUGCCUGAGUUUCCCCCAGCCUGGCCAAGCGAGCUCGUCAAAGAGCGGCAAGUUGUUCAAUGGCUGGUCACGCACAAAGCGGAAGAUCGUCCUUCUCCGCUUGAACUGCUUCAGAGCGAUCUCCUUCCGCCGCGGUUAGAGGACGAGUCUGUCCAGGAGACGUUGCGGUUGGUCACAGAUCACUCAUCAGUGUAUCAUCUGCAACUACUGGACGCCUUGUUUGCUCCACAGCCACUCGCUGACGAGGAGAUACGGGAUGUGACGUUCGACGCGGGGUCCCAACACCAGCUGCGCAGCAAGGGAGGUAGCACUUGCCCUCCCGUGGUCGAUCCUCGAGAAUCAGUCAUCGUCGACUUCCUGCGCACAGUCUUCUUACGUCAUGGUGCUGUAGAUCUGCAGAGUCCACUGCUUAUGCCUCCUCGAGCCGGCCUCUACUCAUCCAUCAAAGAUGGUCCAUCAGGGACUACGCCCGUCCAGCUCUUGGACGCAACCGGACAGGUAGUAUUCUUGCCUCGAGAUCACCUCAUCCCUUUCGCCAGGUUGAUUGCUCGGUCAGAGAACCACCGACUGAAACGGUUUUGUAUUGGACCAGUCUACCGAGACUCUUUGCUUGCCGGCGGUCAGCCACUCUCCAUCUUGGCAGCCAACAUGGAUAUCAUCGUUGGGUCCGGCGGCAAUCUUCCUAGUGCUGCAGAAGGCGAAUGCCUUGCCUGCCUUGAGGAGAUUCUUGGCGAAGUCCCUGGCUUCAAGAGCGAUUGGGUCAUCCUGAUCAAUCACGGGGCGAUCUUAGAUUUGUUGUUGGAGCGUGUGCCCGCCAAACAACAUUCGACUUUGCUUUCCACUCUCUCAGCUCUGUCUGGGCGUCAAGCAGGCUCAACAACGGCCUCUAUACGUCAAAAGCUCUCUCAAGAGAUGAAUCUGCCCAGAUCGCUUGCUGACGAGCUUGAAGCAUGCGCCCUUAUGGCAGAAGACAUCGAGACUGCUCAGACCCGUCUGGAGAGAAUUCUGCCGGUAGAUCAUCGUCCUGCUCUCACCAAAGCAGUCCAGGCUAUCCUCGACGUACGAGAUGCUGCGCGCAAAUUGGGGGUUUCAGUCGAGCGGCGCUUUCUCCUUUGCCCUCUGCUUUCCAACUACAGUCAUUGCUACAGGGGCUCAGUCUUCUUCCAGGUCGCUCGGGCACCCGGCAGCAGUGGCAGGAAGAGACGCAGAGCCCGUUGGGACGUUGUAGCCUCUGGUGGUCGAUACUCGUCAUUGAUCGCGCAAUUUGCGACGCCUCUGAGUGGACCACCGCCCAGCGGGGUCGGCCUGCAGCUUGCAGUCUCAAAAUUGAUCUCGGCGCUAGCCAGGGAUCAGGAAAUCAACGAGUUGCGCCGCCCUCCUGAUCUUUGGACACCACGCAGAGCAGAUGUGUAUGUACACAGCUCACCCGGCAUGCUGGAUCUGCGAAUGGCCAUCUGUAAGGACCUGUGGUCACACGGCAUCCGCGCUGAUCUGAGCUACGAGGACGAUGUAGGGCAGGAGUCGAGUAUGCUGACUACUGCUGCUCGAUGCAAGGAAGAAGGCUUCUCCUUUCUCAUCUUCGGUACGACACGAGGGCUGAUGAAGGUGAGAAGCCUAUGGAGUAAGAUGGCCGAAGGAGAGUUCGUCUCGAUGUUUGAGCUGGUACCCUGGUUGAUAGACCAGUUAGCCAGGGCCUCUGGCAAUCCUGGCCCAGGCGGUAUGAGUUCGAUGACUGGCGCUCCAUUUGACGGCACGGGAGUCCAGGGCUCAGACACUCAAGGUGCAGCUGCUAAUGUAGCCAGUGCAAUGACGGGUGGCUUUCAGACAACAACAGGUCUCGGCUCUGCUUCUGCAGAUUUGCCAGCCUCUUCUAAUGCUACGAACCUGGCGCCGGCCAUGAUGGAGACGCAGAUCGUGCUCCCUGUCCAUGCCUCGUCUUCCAGGAGACCGGACAAGUCUGACAAGUCGAACCAUUCGCACAUGGACCGACGCGUCAAGCUUGCAUCGAACCACCCUAUCAUCAACUCGGCAACAAGUCAAGUGCAUAAAAUAGCUUCCAGCUUCGCAUCUGGGGAAGUGCCAGUCAUAGCAGUCGACCUCAGGGGCGAGGUCUUCGAUGCACUAUGCGUCGCUGCUAUGGGCAAGAACAGCACUCGGAGAGACAUUGGGUGGAGAGCAUUUCUGGACACAUUAGGGAGCGGAGAAGAGAAAGAGUACGUCAAGAGCAUCAGAGGUCACAUUGAGAAGUGUGGAGAUGGUCUUAUCAUUUUGUGGAGUAUCAGGGAGAAGAGAGCAGCUGUUGUCGGAUCGACCGGGUCUGGCACAUGAUACCCGUCUGCUAGACACAUCGAGAGGAGAGGUAAAGGCAAUGCAGCAGCAACAUCUACACGUGAAAUCCUUUUUGUAACGGCAUUGUCUCUGCCUACAUUGUCGUUGACCUUCACACGGCGCUUCAGCACGGGAACGCGACUUAAGCCGUUGCUACCGAGGUCUCGUCUCGUACUGAGACGCUGUCCCGCUCUAGCAGCUCGACGCCCAGUUCGAAGCUGCCAAGAAAGACAGCGCCUCCCAGACUGAUCCAGAUUGUUCGCGGCAGCACGCCGGAAAACAGACCCCUAAAGCCCUCUGACCGGUAGACGUGGAGCAAUGUCGGCAAGAAUCUCUGAUUGACGCCGACUGGAGUGGACCCUGUGGGUGCGCGAUGCUCUGAGGAAGCUACUGUUGCUGGUGGUGUAGCGCCUACUCUUUCUGCCAG